CCAACGCCCCUGGCUCCUUAGCUACCAGGCUCGCAGUCACGUGGGACUAUAGCUGGGCGACCGGCGCAGAAAGCCGCGCGAGAGCGGGCCGCGGGGUGCGUGAGCUCCAGCUGCCGCGAGCCUUGCGCGGCACGGGAGCCCGCCCCUCCUGCGCGGAGGAGCCGGCCGGCCGCCGCGGCGGCGUCUGGGAUCUAGCUUUGUGACCUGAGCCAUAUGAUCAGUGGCUUGAUCAUAUCUCACGACAACCUCAGAUUCUGGGACUUAAGUGAUCGUCCUGCCUCAGCCUCCCAAGUAGCUGGAACUAAAGAGCCACGAUGGACACUACUAGCCACAGCCUUGUCCUUUUGCAACAGCUGAACAUGCAGCGAGAAUUUGGUUUUCUGUGUGAUUGCACAGUUGCUAUAGGAGAUGUUUACUUCAAAGCCCACAGAGCUGUGCUUGCUGCGUUUUCCAACUAUUUCAAGAUGAUAUUUAUUCACCAAACAAGUGAAUGCAUAAAAAUACAACCAACUGACAUCCAACCUGAUAUAUUCAGCUAUUUGUUGAACAUUAUGUACACGGGGAAAGGGCCAAAACAGAUCGUGGAUCAUAGUCGUUUGGAGGAAGGGAUUCGAUUUCUUCAUGCCGACUACCUUUCUCACAUUGCAACUGAAAUGAAUCCAGUGUUCUCACCAGAGACUGUACAGUCCUCAAAUUUGUAUGGCAUUCAGAUCUCAACGACUAAAAAACCAAUUGUCAAACAAGGGCUGGAGGUCAAAGAUGCUCCUUCCAAUAACGGUGGCAACAGAACUGCUAUCCAGGGGGACCACCCCCAGUUGCAGCUCUCUCUUGCUAUUGGGCUGGACGAUGGCACUGCAGAGCAGCAGAGGGCCCUUUCUGCUACCCAGGCCUUGGAGGAGUACCAGAAGCCUCCAGUGUCCAUCAAGCAGGAGAGGUGUGAUCUGGAAUCAGUGAUCUCCCAGAACCAUCCCUCACCCUCAUCAGAGGUGACAGGCCCCACUUUUACUGAAAACAGUAUCAAAGUACACUUAUGCCAUUACUGUGGGGAACGUUUUGAUUCCCGUAGUAACCUAAGACAACAUCUUUAUACACAUGUAUCUGGAUCUCUCCCAUUCGGUGUUCCUGCUUCCAUUCUGGAAAGUAAUAACCUUGGUGAAGUACAUCCACUUACUGACAAUAGCAAGGCUCUUGAAUGCCGUAGGCUCAGCUCCUUCAUCAUCAAGGAGAAUGAUCAGCAGCCUGACCACUCAAACCGGGGUAACACAGAGCCUUUACAGAUCAGUCAAGUAUCUUUAAUCUCCAAAGACAGAGAGCCAGUAGAAUUAAACUGUAAUUUUUCUUUUUCAAGGAAAAGAAAAAUCAGCUGUACCAUCUGUGGUCAUAAAUUUCUUCGAAAGAGCCAAUUGUUGGAACACAUGUAUAUACACAAAGACACAGAGUCUCACUUUGUCACCCUCAGUAGACUGCCGUGGCGUCACAGUUCACAGCAACCUCCAGCUUUUGGGCUUAGGUGAUUCUCUUGCCUCAGCCUCCCAAAUAGCUGGGACUAUAGGAGCUCACCACAAUGGCUGGCUAUUUUUUUGUUGCAGUUUGGUCGGGGCCAGGUUUGAACCUGCCACCCUCGGUAUAUGGGGCCGGUGCCCUAUCCACUGAGCCACAGGCACUGCCCAAGAGUGAUUUGAGAUUUUUAUGAUGAAAAGUUUACAUGAGUUUAAACAGGAAAACAAAUCAUCUUUCUACCCUCAGUGCCAGAGGAGUUUCUAAGCUUCCUGGGUUGGCAUUAAUUUUCUAAGAAAAAAUCACUUGUAAAAGUAAUUUUUAAGCCAGGUGUGGUGGCAUAUGCCUGUAGUCCUAGCUACUUGGGAGGCUGAUGCAGGAAGACAGUUCAAACCAAGGAAUUUGAGGCCAGUCUGGGCAACAUAGUAAGACUCUUAUUUCUUUAAAAAAGACAGAAAAAGUAAUUUUCAGUUGCACAGUUUUCACUUUUUUCUGUUCUAUAAAACCAGCAAAGUAGAUGCAUUCACUGUUCUUUAACUAUGUUUAUACUCCAUGAUGUUAGCUUUCUUUCUGUAAAUUUAACCUUUGUUUUAUAAUGGUGACACUGAAAAAGCUAAAAUUUAAGAAAAAUGAAAGCUUAUGGAAUAAAUGAUAGAUUCUCCUGCUCUGUGUAGCUAGCAAAUAGCUGGUCAAAGUUUGCUACAAAGGACAGAUAUAAAUUGUUUCUGAAAUGUCUAAAUUUCAAAUUCUGUUUUGUUUUUUUUUUUGAGAUAAAGUUUCACUCCAUCACCCUGGGUAGAGUGCUGUGGCAUCACAGCUCACAGUAACCUCCAGCUCCUGGGCUUAAUUGAUUCUCUUGCCUCAGCCUCCCAAGUAGCUGGGACCACAAGCACCCGCCACAACACCUGGCUGUUUUUUGUUGCAGUUGUCAUUGUUGUUUGGCAGGCCCAGGCUGGAUUCAAACCUGCCAGGUCUGGUGUAUGUGGCUGGUGCCUUAGCAGCUUGAGCUACAGGUGCUGAGCCUCAAAUUUUAUUCUUUUUUUUUUUUUUUUUUUGUAGAGACAGAGUCUCACUGUACCGCCCUCGGAUAGAGUGCCGUGGCGUCACACGGCUCACAGCAACCUCUAACUCUUGGGCUUACGUGAUUCUCUUGCCUCAGCCUCCCGAGCAGCUGGGACUACAGGCGCCCACCACAACGCCCGGCUAUUUUUUUGUUGCAGUUUGGCCGGGGCUGGGUUUGAACCCGCCACCCUCGGCAUAUGGGGCCGGCGCCCUACUCACUGAGCCACAGGCACCGCCCUCAAAUUUUAUUCUUAUUAAAAUAUUUCUAAGGCUAGGAGCGGUGGCUCACAUCUUAUUAUCCUAGCACUCUGGGAGGCCGAGGUGGGUGGAUUGCUUGAGCUCAGGAGUUCAAGACCAGCCUAAGCAAGAGAGAAACCUCAAUUUCUAUAAAAAAUAGAAAAACUGAGGCAAAAACUUGAGCCCAAGAGCUUGAGGUUAUGAAGCUACAGCACUCUACUCUGGGUGCUAGAGAGAUUCUGUCUCCAAAAAAAAAAAAUAUAUAUAUAUAUAUAUUUCUAGUCAUUUUUCUCCUCUAUAUUAUUCCCUAUUUGCCUGGGCAGUAGUCCUUGACAUAGGAAGUCCUGUGUAGCUAAAGGAUGAGGUAGAGGCUCAUGUGGGUGGUGGGGAUAAAACAGCACUUUAGGGCAGAGUCUACACUACAGAAAGGAUAAAUUUGCUUGCCUGAAGCUGAUUGGCCGUGAUCUACAACACUGAUGAAAAGCAGAAAUAGAUCUACAUUUCUUGAGUGUUAAGGAAAUACUACAUAGUAGUUAACUGUAUUUCUAGUUUUAUUUAUAUAGUUCUUUUUAAUAUUAGAAAUUCAAAGUAAAUGCUCUUACCUUAGUCCUCAUAACAUUCUGUUUCAGGAAGUGGAAAAAUGUCAGGGAGGGGGGAUACAAAAGAAAAGUAGGAAAACGUUAACUUUAUUUUAUAGGAAAAAACCCAAAGGGCUGAAUUCCAAAGAGCCGAUGAAUGUUGUGGGACUGACCUCAGUUGGUUUUUGUUUGGGGGGGUUGUUUUUUUUGUUUUGUUUUUGAGAUAAGAUCUCCCUCUCUUGUCUAGGCUGGAGUGCAAUGACUCUUCAUAGCUCACAGCAACCUCAAACUCCUGAGCUCUAACUGUCCUCCUGCCUCAGCCUCCUGAAGAGGUGGGGCUGCAAGGAUCACUAUCAUGCCUGGCUGUGUGCAGGCAUUUUUUAAAGUAGCUGUCAUAUGCCUAACACUGUGCCCUGAGUGUUAUUUCUUUAAAGGCAUGAUUCCUUACUUUGUAUUUUAAAGGUUUUCCCAGCUAAAACCUGUAGUUUUGACUACAUCAUCUGCAAAAUGGAGCUGUACUUUUAGCCAGUCUUCUAAUAAUAUAGUGCAGUUUGCAUAAUGAUUGCCAAACUUAAAAAAUGGAAACAUCGUGUGCAUUUUCAUCAGUGUAUGAGGCAAAUACUAAAUAGACAUUUUCCCCUUGGAUCAGCUUAAAAUGUUCCCUUCUUAAUAGAUCCCACAUUGAGUUGUAUUCUGGAGAAAAAUAGAGACUGUUUCAGUAUUUGUCCUUAUUUAGCAUAUCAUCGUAAUUCAGUUUCUCGUAAAUUUAGUCUGCCUUAUAAGAAAACCAAAAUUUCUUGAUUAUAACUCUUGAGAUUGUUACUUCUUUCUCUGACUUUCUGAUUUCCUGUCUGUAAAGUGGCUGUAGGCAAUACCCACCUCACAGGGGUAUUGUGAGGACUUGUAUUAAAGUGUUAAGUUCUCUCAGUAUUGUUGAUAAAAACCAAACAUAUAAACUAUGUUUUUUUAGUUAAUAGCUAAACCUAUUAACUUCAUUCUUUAAACCUAUAAAUCUUAGAACAUCUUAGAAGCGGUCAUUUGCUAUUUUAUAUUCAAUAUUUAAUUGGCAAAACUUGUUAUUUUUUUACAAAUACUCUAGAAUAGCAGUGUUGCUGGAAGUCCUGGUCUAACAUAGUUUAAUCAUCAUUCUUUCUCUUUAGACUUCAGGAAGGAGGAUAUUAGUUCUUUGGCAUUUGGGGGAAUAAAACUUUGCCAAUUUCAGCUUUAUUGAAAGUUCCCCCAAACAUAUUAUUUACACAUAGGAAAAGGAACAAAAACAAUUACCAUUUUCAUUUAUUCGAUGUAGAUGAUUUAAAUCUGGCAUAGGAAAUGGAAUGAGGAUAACACAGCAAUUUAUUAAUAUUCCUUUCAUAGUAUUGGAUUAGCUGUGUGUGGUGGCUCAUGCCUGUAGUCUUCCUUGUUUGGGAGUCUAAGGGGGGAGGAUUGCUUCAGGACAAGAGUUCGAGGUUAUUGUGAGAUAUGAUUGUGCCACUGCACUCCAGCCUGGACAGUAGACCAAGAGCCUGUCUCUAAAAAAAUAAAACAGUAUGGGAAAAGUCUUCACUAAAAAUUGAAGAAAAUACAUAUCAUCACAGAAAAAGAUGACAGUAUGGAAAAUGUGUAAAUCCUUUAAAAUUUACUUGUACUAGCAAAUGUAACUUGGAUCCCUGAUGAUAAUUAUCGAUUUUUUAUAGUAAUUGAUAUAAUAAUAAGCCUUGUAUAAAGCGUUUUCAUAAUGUAGCUUGUGUCUUUGUAUAUUUUGAACUUAAAUGUUGAUCUGAACCUAAUUUUUAGGUUCUUAAGAGUGAAAUCUGUAAAUGAUUACUUUCUGCUAUACUUCUAGGUUUGUAUGUGCAGACUUUUUGAAAACUAGUGAGGUUACACAAUCCCAAGCCUAGAUGUCUUAAACACUAGGAAUCAUAAACUUUGGUUUUUGUCUUCAAGAUCUGGAAGAACCUAUGGUACUUCAGUGUGUAUCUGUGCUAUACUUAAUAACUUAGUAAAUUUACUCCAAUGCUCUGUUUUAUGCCAAAUAGUCUUUGGUCAGAAUAUAUCACAUGUAAACUUAAAAUACUUUAAAGGGAAACUUGGGUUACAAAAACUUAAACAAUAAAAAAGGCCCACUGAAAAAAUUUUCAAGAUACUUGUAACACAUAGCAAAUCCAGGAGACUAAAAUCAAUAAUACAUUGUAUUGUUAAACUCUUCCCCCUAAUGUACUGUGAAUUUGCUUCAGAAACAUUUUUUUAGAAAGUUUUGUAUCCUCAAGUUAAAAUGGAAACAAUGGAUUUCAUGUAUUUUAUCAAGACAAAUAAAUUAAUGUGACUUAAUCAAAAAACCUUUUA